AUGGGAGAUGCACAAUCACAGAAACCGUUCAAAGCGGUCGACCUCCCCAAAUACAUCGGGCCGUCCUGGGUCCCCAUCACCACUGCCAUGCAGCAGCUCGCCACCGGUCCCAAGCCGUCACCACCGGGGGCGAGCAUACUGGCCAUAAAUUCAACGCAGCAACUCGCCGAGGAGGACUUCGACGACCCUACAAGAUGGCAGGCAAUCAUUGCCGCCCGCCCCGCGGCCAGGACGUCUCAGGCCGUCCCCCACCGCGCGAUCUGGUCCAGCGCGGACUCGGUCUUUGUGCGGCUUCCUGACGGCCGCGACGUCGUCACCACGAUCGGUAAUGCCGUGGUGCUGGCUGAAGGAGAGACGUGGUGCGGCGCCGUUGGUGGCCAGAGGAUCCCUCGUGCCGUGCUCGAGGCAGAGGAAAGCGGGCGGCCGUCAUUCGCGGGCGGCCUCGUGCGAGCGCCGAUCUCGCCACUCAGAACGGCUCUUCAGUGGAGGGAGGAGUUCCCCAAGCGGACGAGCCACCUGUUUCGCAAUGAAGAGUUGGUCGGGGAGAAAUUACUAGAGGUGCAGACGAGGAAGGGAGAAAGUAGAUAUCUGGUUGUUGAUACGGUGAACGAAAGGACACCUGAAGGGUACACGAGGAAUUUCCUCGGAGCUCUGCGGAAAAUUCCGGUAGAGACAAGUGAGAACACGGGCAUUUAAGUUAGCUGGAG